CAGGGUCCGCGCGUCACGUGACGCGCGCCCGGAGAGAAAUUUGGCGGCCGCGGCGAGCGCCAUGGCGCGGGGACUGUGGCGCUGGCGGGCGUCUUCCUCCCCAUCAACCCCACCCUUCUCCGUCAAGAUGCGCAUCAACCACUGCUUCUUCUGCUCGUCGCCCGUCUACCCGGGCAACGGCAUCAUGUUUGUGCGCAACGACGCCAAGCAGCUCAUCUUCUGCAAGUCCAAGUGCCACAAGAACUUCAAGAUGAAGCGCAACCCGCGCAAGGUGCGCUGGACCAAGGCCUUCCGCAAGGCGGCGGGCAAGGAGAUGACCGUGGACUCGACGCUCGAGUUCGAGAAGCGUCGCAACGUGCCCGUGCGCUACUCUCGCGAGCUCAUGGCCAACACGCUCAAGGCCAUGUCUCGCAUCGCCGAGAUCCGCGCCCGGCGCGAGGCCGCCUUCUACCGCGCACGCAUGCUCAAGGCAAAGGGCGGCGCAAGCGUGCGCAAGGAGAGAGAUGUGCUGCUGGUGCACAAGAACAGACAUCUGCAGAAGGCUCUCGGCGCGGAGAGGGAGCGCAAUGCAAAGGAGGGAGAGAAGAGGGAGAAGAUCAAGGUCGAGAACAGGCGGAGAAAGUCGGCGCUGGUGGCGGGCGAGGGCAUGAGCAUGAGCAUGGACACUGCCUAGACCUCAUCCGCUGCCCCUCACGCCUUCUCGAUGCCGCUCGACCCCGCCUGCUCGCUCAACCAUGUACUUUUACCCUCGCCCAUCUUCGGGCCCUCACCACCACAUCCAGCCCCGCUUCACUUCUUGUUCCUCAGGUCUUCACGUCGCCCCACAAGCGUCAAAUGUCAAAAGCUUCUCGUCUUGCCGCU